GCUGCCCCGCCCGCCAACGCGCCAUGGGUCUCGCCGGCACCGCGGGCUCGGCGUGUACGCGCUACUUAGUGUUCUUCCAGUACUUAGGCACGGAUUUCAACGGGGUCGCGGCCAUCAGGGGUGCUCAGCGCGCCGUCGGGGUGCAGAACUUCCUGGAGGAGGCCGCCGAGCGGCUGAAAUCGGUUGAGCAAGUUAAGUUCACCGUCUCCAGCCGCACCGAUGCAGGAGUCCACGCCCUGAGCAACGCCGCGCACCUAGACAUCCACCGCCGCUCGGACCAGCCGCCCUUCUCUCCGGAGGUUUUGACCCAGGCCCUCAACACCCACCUGAGGCACCCAGCCAUCAGGGUACUGCAGGCCUUCCAAGUACCGAGUGACUUCCAUGCCCGCCAUGCCGCCACUUCCAGAACCUACCUGUAUCGCUUAGCAACUGGCUGCACCCGGCAUGACCAACUGCCUGUGUUUGAACAAAAUCUGUGCUGGGCGCUGCAGACAGACUGCCUGGACGUGGCUGCCAUGCAGGAAGCUGCCCAGCACCUCCUCGGGACCCAUGAUUUCAGUGCCUUCCAGUCAGCCGGCAGCCCAGCUGCUAGCACAGUACGCACACUGCGCCACGUCUCAGUGUCCCCUGGCCCAGCCAGUCCCUUUCUUCUUCCCCAAGAAUGCAGGAAGCUGCAGUUCUGGACCCUGGAAUUUGAGAGCCAAUCUUUUCUGUACCGACAGGUUCGGAGGAUGACAGCUGUGCUGGUGGCUGUGGGGCUAGGGGUAUUGACACCCACCCAGGUGAAGGUGAUUCUGGAGAGUCGAGAUCCCCUGGGCAAGCACCAGACUCGUGUUGCCCCAGCUCAUGGCUUGUUCCUGAAGUCAGUGCUAUAUUCGGGCCUUGGUCCUGCUCCUGCACCCUGCAGGGUCCACAGUGUGGAAACUACAGAUGAUUCUGGACACUUGGCUGAGGCUACACCAGCCACACCACUCUAGACCUGGCUACUGAACCUUGCCUAC